UCGAUCGAGACGCAUGUUGUUAAGUGGUGGUUGUGACUUUGCGCUCCGUUAAACGUUUUGAUCACGUGUGAAAUCAGUAUAUUUAUUUACAUACUUACCUAAGAGUACCUACCUCAAUAGUGCAAGAGACGCGCGGUUUAAAACACUUACAGCGAUCCUCUAACCUCGAAAUGGCCGGAAAAAUUUAAUUAUUUCAUUGCAGCCUCAUAAGUAUUUUUUGCCAAAGACGGAACAGGGACGAAUGCCAGACGGAAGAAAAUCAUCGUUGGGAUGAGCACGUGUGUGUGGGCUUUUUUUCGUCUUUCUUGGCUUUGAUUAACGCAAGGAAGCGUAUGAAGGAUGCAACAAUACAUGCAUGAUAAUUACAAGGAACUAAAUUUUUCGGAGCAGAGUUGCACAUCUCUGCGGUAUACUUAAUAAGUAUUUACCGUCGUGCGACAUUUUUUACUAGAGGACUACUUUUGGUGCGAGUCGUACAGUGAGAUAUACUUUGCUUUUUUGUGCAGUCGCGUUGAUUUAUUACAAAGAGCUUCAAAGUUACCGGCAGUGGUUUGUUUUUCUACGAAGAAAAAAAAGAACCAUGGAUAACACAGCCGCGCAUCGUCAUCGUCGCCCAUACAAAACGAGCCGAGGCAUCAUCGUCAGCGGCCCGUAAGGAGCGGCGGAAAAAGUCACCAUCAAGUAUAGUACAACACCCAUCGGGUACCGCAUAAUAUAACGAGAAACGAGAAUGAGAGUCCGCGGGGUCGUCGACGUCAUUGCUUCGGAGACGACAAAAGCACGAAAUCCCGAGUGUGUCUUGUGAGGACGUGUUCGCUGCCUCGUAUAAAGUAUACGUGAAAAUGCUGUGCCUAAAGAAGAGGCGCACCUACAGCUUCACGCAGGGUGCUUGCGCCGAGGCCCCCAGGUACCAGAGGAGAUCCACCUCGAGCUCGAGGUACAACGACGUGGUCAACGUCACGGCAGCCUGCACCCUGCCCCGCAAACACAGAGCGAGAGAGGAAAGACCCUCCUCUGCCAUGGUCCUCACCGUGACGGAGGACACUCCCGCGGACAUGUUGGCCGGAAGCAUGGAGCUGCUCGUGCAAAUACCUCGCGACCAGUACCUCCAGACGCACAGGGUGACCGUCCAACGCAGCACACCGAUGAUGGACCUUCUCGUGCAGAUAGCCACCGCGCACAAAUUGGCGGCCUCGAGCUACACCCUCCAGGCGAUCGGCGAACGGGGACUCGUACUGCCUCAUCAGCCCAACACACCGAUCGGCGCCCUCGAUGCCCUACAGGUGAAAUUGCUACCGAAGCAAGGCACUUUUCUUUCGCGCAAGAACCGACAGCCCAAUCAACCCUUCGAAACGACUUUCAGAUUACAGGUGCAUCUGCCGAGGAAUCAGCUGUACGUGUCGCGAGUGAGCCCAAAAACGAACCUGGGUGAGAUCCUGGACGAAGUGUGUCGCGAGAAAAAUCUGGACCGGAACAAGUACGAGCUUCGACAUCCAGUAAACAUCUCGGAGACGCUGGACCUGGGCCUGAGCCUGCAAGACUACCAGAUCCAGGAGGUGAACCUGUACCCGCGCCAGUCCACGCGAACUCUCAGCAGCCAGGACAUAAUGGCCUUCCAGCGGCAGGAGGAGUGCCGUAGGCAGCAGCAGCACUCGCGCCACCACGGGGUCUUCAGUUUCAUGUUCAAGAGGUCGAAGGAGAGCUCGUUGAGCACCGACAGCCUCGGCAACAGGAGCGUCUCGCCGGCCAGGAGUGACGAGACGGCCCGGAGCUCGAGUCCCGUGCAGCGGCAGCAGUCGGCGAGUAAGCAACAGUUCGCGACCCCGGCUCCGGUGCCCGCGAGGCCCCUCAGGAAGCGCAGACCCGCGCCUAAGCCGCCCACGGAUCAGCGGAAACAGACGCAGGAAACAACGAAGCCGUCGGCGAGGAGCGCGAGCGAGAACGGUGUGUCGACGAGGUCGUCCGACAGCGAGAAGAUCGUCAUCAGCCACAGCCGCAACAGCAGCGACAGCUCGGGCUACCACGAAGCCUCGGUACUGAGCGACAACCCCGACAACAUCAACCACAACGGCUCGGGUGGACGUAUGCCCGAGACCCUGCCCCGCAGAGGCAGGAUGCAGGGCAUACUCGAGUCACCCAGAAAACUCGCCCACACCUCCCACGCGAGCAAGAGCCUCAGCAACCUCGCAAUGGCAUCCAGCCAGGCUGGCACCCUCAGCCGGGGCAUCAGCAACACCUCGCUCAGCUCCACGGGUCAGCGAAAGAAGCGCGCAGCUCCACCGCCGCCGAUCGCCCGACCGCUACCCUCGGCGAUCUCGGUUCAAGGCCUGGAGCGUAUCGUCGACUCGGAUGAAUCACUGACCUCGGACAUGGAGCUCUCGAAGCCAUCGUCGGACAUUGACGCCGCGGCGACGGGCAGUAGCCAGGCCAGCUCGGACAUCGCCUGCCACGUCCGCCCCAUGGCCGAGCCGAAACCAGAAGCAAAGCAGCCACCACCAGCUCCCGUAGUCGAAUCCGCUAGAGUAGUUAAGAGAGAAAAAGCACUGCCCGUGCCAAAGCCACGUAGCAAAACCCAGCCCGCAGUAGAGCCGUCGUCGAAGCCAGCAAGUAGAUCCAGCAGUAUCGCUAGUGCCGAGGAAUCCUAUCCCGCCGCUGUGGCCCACGGCUUACCGAGCUUGACCGAAGACGAGCGCGAGGAGAUCAACCUGGCCAUCGAUUCGAUUUACGUCGCUGCGACCGGCCACUCGGGUCGCUGUUGUUGCAACGAGGACGACAGCUCGAUGUCGAUUGUCAGCGAUUGUCAGAGUGCAGAUGCCAAACUGGAAAAUGUUAAGAACGAGGUGGACGUGUUUUACGACGCCGAGGCCAAGGGAGUUGACGCCGGUGAGCUGCCGGACAGGGUUGUUUCAGUCGCCAAAGUCUCCGUGGAAGAAACGAAAUCACCAGUUGUAGAAAAUAUGCUCGUUGAGCAAGAACUCGUUGAAAACGUAUCUAACUGCCGGAUUAUUGUCACUAACGAGGAGCUUCUCGAUAUCGAGCCCCCCGAGGAAUUUAAGGGGAACGAAUUCAAGGCUGGUGAUUUGAACAAACUCGUUGGCGAGUUGGACUCAGAGUGUCGCGAUGAGUUGGAUCUAGUCGAAAAUUUGAGCUCGAGCGCGCGCGUUGAGCUGGAGGAGGAUAAGACCGAGAAAACUUGCGGGUCCACUUGUACCAUAAUAUCGAUGAUACUGAAAAACAACAGUCCCAACUCGCGCGCCGAACUGUGCUCGGGGGAUUCCUCGCCGGAGGAGAAGACGAUUGGGGAGUCCGCAAAGAAUCGAGGUGGAAGUAACGACCUUGUCAGCUCCGAUGGUGGUCAGGUGGUUGGCUGCAGGAGCACCGAAGCUUCCACGGUCCUGGGAUCAGGCAAACCGGCAGCGGUAACAUCAUCGGUAGCAGCGACGACACCAGCCGCACCCACGGACACGGACAUCCUACUCCAAAAGGUCUCGGACACGCUGUCCCAGGCGCUCGUACCACCCUCACCGUCACCCACUUCCGAGGAUCGAGAGGACGGCGCCGGUCCACCUCUUGCUUUCGGUGGCGAGUUGCAGAAGCAGAAAAAACAGCCGAAACACGCUAGCCUGGACGCCAAGCCCAAGGCUCACGACAAAAGCACAGCCAAGUCGAUCGUACGGACCGAAGCAGACGAGGAGGAAGAGCAACUGGGCGACGGAUCGGCCCAGAACUUGACUGCGGCCUCUCAGCAGGACACCAGCGACUACGUGUCGGCCAGCGGCGAGGACCUGUCCAUUGGCGACUGGGAGUACCAGAUACCCGCACCGCCGAGCGCCUUCCGGGACGACAGUGACGCGGAGCCCGCCGCUCCAUCGGCCAAGAGCAGCGGCAACAAAAAGGACUCGAUUUCCAUCGAAGCGGAGAUCCAUCAGCCCAAGCAAACAGCGGUGAAAAAAUCGGCACCACCAAAGGAAGCGGUGAAAAAAAUCGAGCCGUCAUUGGUCACCGAUUCCGUGGACUUUGCUCAGCCAAAGCCACCGAAGCCAAUAAUACCACACCAGCAGUUGCUGUCCAACGACGCAACGGAGCAGAAGAAGGCCGAAGUGAUAUCCGAGCUCGAGACGAAGAUAAGCAGCGGCAAGCCCGUGGCGGUGCCGGUCGAGGCCACGCGAGACUACUCUUACGCUCCAAAAAUCGCUCCCGUGGAGAACAACCUGGCGAACUUUACGAUAACUACGUACUCGAGGCAAAGAAGCCUCGACAUUUUCGAGCCGGUGGAACAGUCGCCACCGCCGUCGAUGCAGAUAGAGCACACCGAGGCGAGGAUCCUUGGUACCUUUGCCACUCUUACGAGGGGCAAGAAUAUCACGGACUACAACGAGGAUAGGAGCGCGAGGGCCUCGACCCUCAAGAACACCCUAAGCAUGGAGAGAGUUUCCAUGCCUCUAGUCGAUGAUAGGGCCAAGUUCGCUGAAAGGCACGAGGUCUUGAGGGAUAAGCCGGUGCAUAGGUCGAAGAGUUACAUUGUUUUGGCGUCGAACGAGAAGUUCCAAAACAGGACGGGUGAUCAAGAGACCAGCCGAGACGAGAAGAAGAUUGGCGAGCGUCCGAGUGUCGAAAGUAACGGCGAGCUGCCCAGGAAAUACACGAGUCUGGCUAACGUGAAUACGACGAACGACGAUUUGCCGAGGAAAGAGAAAUUCUCGCAGUGGAGGGAAAAUAUUCUCAAGAGGCAGGAGGAUCCCUCCCCCGAGAAACAAUUGCAGUCCUUGCAGGUACUGAAGAGUAUUUUACCGCACUUGAAAAAUGCGCAAGCGACUGAUACGAAUGAUCACAAAAACGGCAGCGAUAGCUUUUCCGCGAGGGAAAGGCAAGAAUCUCUGCGCGAGGAGCUGCGAGCCACCUCCCCGCCAGUUGUCUCUCACUCGGAGGUUAAAUCGCGUCCAGCCACGCAACGGCGCAAUUACGAGGCAAGCAAGCGUUACACCUACGCCGGUCCACCGGCCAUCAGUCUCGGCAGCUGGGCCGAGAGGCCAAGCCUCAACGUCCAAAUCAAGAGCGACACGGACUACAAGCUGGGUGGCAGCGCGCUCUCGGGCGCCAGAACCGUCGUCAGUCUCAAUUCCGAGCCUACGGACGAAAAGAAGCCAGCUUCGCCCAAGACGACCUCGGUGCAGGUCGGUAAAACGAUACCGGUUCAGCUCAAACCUGCACCGAUUCCGGUCAACGCCAAGGAGCCCGAGGUGCAGAAGGAUGAACCGAGCGUAGACACCAGCUCGGUGAGCUUCAGCGAAUUAACAAAAGCCUUUGGCCAGGAAGUGCGCAUGCGACCAAAACCACCUGUAACCGUACGCGCUCCUCCCCAACAACGUCACUCGGAGUAUUUCGAACGUGACAGUGUCAGUACGCCGAGAGUGAAUGGCUUCGCGGACUCUCAUGUGAGCGUGGCUAGCUUCAAGCACAACCGAACGAACGGACCAGUGCCGGCCGUCAAACGUUACACUUCGGUUGUGGGUAUUACGAAUAACAACGACAACGAUAUGCCGUCGCAUCAGCAGCAGACGAGCUUCAGGUUCAUGAAUGGACAGACGAAAACCACGCCUGCGCCGGUGACGAAGGCGUUCAAUGGUUUGGAGAAAAAUAAUACGAGUACGGUGCCGAAGCCACCGACGAUGCCGAUCAUCACGGGAGUCACGCUGAAGAGCGUGAACGCGAGACCAAAGUCGAGUCUCGCUAUGACACAGCAAGAUCCCAGAGAUCAGUUGCUGGAGUCGAUCCGGAAUUUCGGUGGUCGAGAAAAGUUGAAAAAGGCUGCCGAAAGAUGUUGAGUUUCGAUGGGUCACACUUGAAGGAGGAUUUUUUUUGUUGGUUUAUAAGGGAACAAAGCCUGAAGCGAGAGGACAGAUUUCAAUAAAAUGUCCAACAGCAAAAGUUGCUAGUUGUCAAUCAGUCAUAAUGUUAGUUACAUUAGUCAUGCGAAAGUUAAAAUCGUAUGGUUUAAUUUUAGAGACGUUUGAGACUUAUGAUUAUAAGUAUUGAAUAUUAUUGUUGUUGAUUGUUUUCAUAAAAGUAUUUUAAAAAAUACAAAAAAAAAGUAUACAUAUGAAGACUCGUAUUUUUCGUCUCAAACGUCAGAUAUUACUUCCUGUAAAUAAUGGCGUUAGUAAUAUAAUUUUCUUGGGAAGAAGGAUAAGUUUGUCGUUAUAAUAACUGAAAAAAAAAAAAAAAAAUUUGGUGCUCAUUUUAUGUAUGUUAUCGAUCGUAAGUUUUGUGUCGUCUGAAAAAAAUUA